UGCCCAGAGCAGAAGGCAGUGUAGGAAGUCAACAAACAAGAUUCACAGAGGUGGUUAUAUAUUGUUGUAAUAGAGACUGUUUCUGCUGGAUCUCUCCUGAUUGCUAGGAUGUUGCCGUCUUUGGACCAUUUUCUGGACUCCCUAAAUAUGAGUCGCUCAUCUUUCCGAGUUUAUAUUUUUGCUGCUGUUAUUCUCCUGUUCUGCCUUAUUAUGUUUCGAACCAUUUUAAAGAUGGCGAUAUACAUUUAUGCUUACAUCAUCAAUGCCAGGCGGCUGCGUUGUUUUCCAGAACCCCCAAGACGUAGCUGGCUUUUAGGACAUUUGGGACUGCAUCCCCAGAUCUGUGCUUUGCUUUUAUUGCUUUGCUGUCAUUGUUUGCAGUUCAUGCCAACAGAGGAGGGCCUUACAGAAGUGAGUAAUACCAUCUCUAAUUUUCGCAAAUCUUUUCUGACAUGGAUGGGACCUAUCUCGUUAGUAUCAAUGGUUCACCCGGACACAAUUAAGCCAAUGGUUGCAGCUUCAGCUGCCAUUGCUCCUAAAGAUGAACUGUUCUAUGGUUUCCUCAGACCCUGGCUAGGGGAUGGGCUGUUGCUUAGCCGUGGGGAGAAAUGGGGGCGUCAACGGCGUCUUCUGACACCUGCUUUUCACUUUGACAUCCUUAAGAACUAUGUGAAGAUUUUUAAUCAAAGCACAGAUAUUAUGCUUGCAAAGUGGCGGAGAUUGGCAGCAGUGGGCCCUGUGUCUCUCGAUAUGUUUGAACAUGUCAGCCUGAUGACCUUGGAUACACUUCUUAAAUGUACUUUUAGCUAUGACAGUGACUGCCAAGAGAAGCCAAGUGAUUAUAUUGCUGCUAUUUAUGAACUGAGCUCCCUAGUGGUGAAACGUGAGCACUACUUGCCCCAUCAUUUUGACUUUAUCUACAACCUCUCCUCCAAUGGAAGGAAAUUUCACCAGGCAUGCAAAACAGUACAUGAAUUUACUGCCGGAGUGGUACAGCAGAGAAAGAAGGCCUUGCAAGAGAAAGGGAUAGAGGAAUGGAUUAAGUCAAAGCAAGGCAAAACCAAAGAUUUCAUUGAUAUUCUAUUGCUGUCAAAGGAUGAAGAUGGAAAUCAGCUGUCUGAUGAAGAUAUGAGGGCCGAAGUAGACACAUUUAUGUUUGAAGGUCAUGACACCACAGCAAGUGGCUUAUCAUGGAUUCUAUACAAUUUGGCUUGUCACCCUGAAUAUCAAGAGAAAUGCAGAAAGGAGAUUACAGAGUUACUGGAAGGGAAAGACACAAAGCAUCUGGAGUGGGAUGAAUUGUCUCAGUUGCCAUUCACUACAAUGUGCAUCAAGGAGAGUCUACGGCUUCACCCUCCUGUAACGGCGGUAUCCAGGCGCUGUACAGAGGACAUCAAAUUACCUGAUGGCAAAGUCAUCCCUAAAGGAAACAGCUGCUUGAUCAGUAUUUAUGGAACCCACCACAACCCUGAUGUCUGGCCUAACCCACAGGUUUAUGACCCAUAUCGCUUUGAUCCAGAGAAGCUCCAGGAAAGGUCUUCCCAUGCAUUUGUACCAUUCUCAGCUGGACCCAGGAAUUGUAUUGGACAGAAUUUUGCUAUGGCUGAGAUGAAGAUUGUAUUGGCUUUAACCCUUUAUAACUUUUACAUGAGGUUGGAUGAAACCAAGACAGUACGCAGAAAACCUGAGCUGAUCCUACGAGCAGAAAAUGGACUCUGGUUGCAGGUGGAAGAACUGAAACAAUAAUGUCAUGCCUGCUAAUGGUGGAACCAACUGGCUUGACAAAGUGCACAAUUUAAUAUGAAGUGUGUCAUAGAAAAGAAUUAUUUUAGUCAUUUAAUCAACAACCUGAAGUAAAAUGAAAGUGUAAUUUGCUACAGUGAAAACUGAGAGAAGAAUGGUUGUUAGAGCAAUUGCUUACUGAAAUAACAGGGUUAUACCACUCCCAACACCCCUUGAAAGCUUCACAGAGUUGUACAAUAACCACAACUGCAGUUGGAUUCCAAAGCUUCCAAAGCUUGGAUUCCAGAGACAGAUAAAAUGGACAAAUCCACUUAAAUCUGGUGUAACAAAUGCUACUUUAAACAUUAUUAAUUUAAGUUAAAAUCAGACCUGUAUCCUUUAUUAACUUCAGCAAACUCAAUUCUCCAUAUGUGAAAAAAAGUAAUUAAAAAGUGUGACCUGUUUAAGUCUGUAA